GCAACCACCCCCAAAUCGAUUUGGUCCAGACACCACCGAGCCCCCAACCACAGACCGAAACCAAACCCUAGGCGGCGGCGGCGGAGGCGGAGGAGAUGGCGGCGGCGAGCCUGAGGAAGGGGAACGCGAGGCUGCCGCCGGAGGUGAACAGGGCGCUGUUCGUGCGGAACCUGCCGUUCAACAUCUCGAGCGAGGAGAUGUACGACAUCUUCGGCAAGUACGGGGCGAUCCGGCAGAUCCGGCUGGGCAACGCCAAGGACACGCGGGGGACGGCGUACGUGGUGUACGAGGACAUCUACGACGCCAAGAACGCCGUCGACCACCUCUCGGGCUUCAACGUCGCCAACCGCUACCUCAUCGUGCUCUACUCGCAGCUCAACAGGAUGUCCAAGAAGACGGACAUCAAGAAGAAGGAGGACGAGAUCACCAGGCUCCAGGAGAAGUACGGCGUCGGAUCCAAGACCCCCUCCGCCAACGACGCCUGAUCCUGCGCGUGUUUGUUUAUUUAGUUAGAAAUCGUCGAGGGAAACUGUUGAGUCGGAUAUCGGUCCUGUAAUCUGUGCUUGCCGCGGUAUGUUUGUGUUUGCGGUGGUUCCAUAUCGAUAUGAUGAACAUGACUCGUUGAUUCAUAGCAUCUGCUUGGGUUGUCCUGUGCUUUGAUGUAACUUGAAUUUGAUACUUUGAUUAGUAGGUAUAUUUAUGCUGUGGAUGUCAAUGAUCUGUUAAACGGGGGUGUUCGCUUGAAA